CUGAAAUUCCAGUGGGACCUCUUCCGUAUAUUCUAUAGAUUUGGUACUGUACACAAUGUCAAAAUCCCCUCGAAGCAGCUACAGUCGAAUACCAAAUACGGGUUUGUUAUAAUGGAGAACAUGAACGGUGCCGAUGAGGUUCGUUGUCAGCUCCGAAACGGGAAGUACCUCAACUUGGAUAAUGGUACGCAACUGUUGGUUACUGGCGUGCGACACGGAGAGAACCAGCGAUCGCGUGAUGAUGGUAGAGGGCCCCAAGUCAGCGAAAGUAGCAGACCUCCUCUGAAAGAGCUGUCGUCCCGUGGUGACGGUACAAUGAUAAAAGGACGUUGCGGAGACAAGCCUGUCGCCCAGAAACCUCAGCGCUUUUACCCCGCUGUAAAGUGCUUUUCACAGGACCUUCCUCUUCACACUCCUGUAAAGGUUCACAUUGUCGAAUCACCAUUUCCUUACAAAUCCGUUGGCGAAGGUUUUGUUUUCCAUGUUCUUCCUGCCGAACAAAAAUUAGGAGAAGAGUAUUUGUGCCUUCAACGCGAGAUGAACAAAUUCUGCAUGAAAAAUCCGAAUCUCCAUGAGAUUCCCAAGGUAGGACAGUACGUGCUCUGCUAUCGUGAAUCGGUCGCGUUUCGCGCUCUGUGUAACAGCGAUUCAACGCUGUAUCUGAUUGAUAAUGGUGAAACAGUUCCCAUUAUCCGGUCCCAGUUGUGGGAGCUGAUACCUUCCUUCACGACGUUGCCAAGUUUGGUUAUUCCUUGCGGACUUACUGGCGUAUCAUGGGGUAAACCUUCGAUGAGCAUGUUUAAUUACUGCAAAAAUGUUGGUAUUGAGCAUUAUUUAAUUCAAUUUUCUAUGUGCUUUUCGUCACUAAGAUUUGGUGGAACUGUUACUUGGCAGUGUGAAAGCACAGUUGCG